GAAAAACAUGAUUAAAUCUAAGUACAAAGACUGGUACGCACACGAAUUUCUUCCGGCGAGCACCUGGCUAGCCGUGACACAAGGCUGUGGCGCAGAAAAUCAUUUAUUGUGGAAUUAUUUGAAAUAUGACAUAGAAUAAUCGAUUCGUGUUGAUAUUUUAAUGCCAAUUUGUUGUGCAGUUUAAUCGUCGGGCUAUUUGUUGCUUUUCUUUAGGUCAAACUUUACACCGCAAACCUGUCAAAUGGCAAACAUGAGGCUUCGGAAAUCUGUGCAAGUGGUUUCCUACAUAUUGUCCAUCGCAUCGGCAUGAUUUUUAAACGUUUUUAGUAUGUAUUAUUUAUUGUUCUUAUGUUACUAUAGUCAGUAAGCGGUGCUGAGUUACGUCUUGGCAUGUCAUGGAUAGGGAAACCUUUCACAACUGCUGUAGUUUGGUAAAAAUGCCCAGACAGAUCAAGCAGCAACACUGCUCAUCUCAUUUCAUUGAGUACAUAGAGAAAGAAAUACCCUACACCAAAUUCUUCAAGAACUAUUUGAUCCCAAAUCAUCCCUGCAUGUUCUCCAAAAGAUUCACUGAAGAUUGGAACUGCAGGAAAAAUUGGGUUACAGAUGAGGGAAAACCCAAUUUUCAGAGACUUCUGCAUGAAUUUGAUGAUACUCCUGUUCCAGUUGCAAAUUGCAAUGCAAAAGAAUACAACUCAAAUCCUAAGCAAAUCAUGCCUUUUAAGGAGUUUAUCCAGUACUGGAGAGAGUAUAUACAGAAUGGACAUUCUUCACCCAAAGGCUGUUUAUACCUGAAGGACUGGCAUAUGCACAGGAACUUUACUGACCACAAUAAUUACAAGACCCCAAUUUAUUUCUCAUCUGAUUGGCUGAAUGAAUAUUGGGACACGAUUGAAGUGGAUGAUUAUCGUUUUGUCUACAUGGGACCUAAGGGGUCAUGGACACCUUUCCAUGCGGACGUGUUUCGCUCGUACAGUUGGUCCGCCAACAUCUGUGGACGUAAGAAAUGGCUCCUGUACCCUCCAGGUCAAGAGGAGUUCUUCCGGGAUUGUCAUGGAAACUUAGCAUAUGAUGUAACGGCACCUGUCCUUCAGGACAAAGGUCUAUAUGCACAGUUUGAAGAGGCCUGUCAGCCCUUAGAGAUUAUUCAAGAAGCUGGGGAGAUCAUCUUUGUUCCAAGUGGUUGGCAUCACCAAGUUUACAAUUUGGAGGACACCAUCUCCAUUAAUCACAACUGGCUGAAUGGCUGUAAUUUGGACAUCAUGUGGGAGUUUCUGCAAAACGAACUUUCUUCUGUUCAGAGAGAGAUUGAAGAAUGGCGUGAUACUAUGGACACAUGGCAUCAGCAUUGUCAGGUGAUAAUGAAGUCAUGUACAGGAAUUGAUUAUGGGGAGUUUGCAUCGUUUCUUAAGACCAUUGCAAAUAAUCGAAUAUCCUACCUAAAUUCAUGCCCCAGAAAUGCAGAUCAUUAUCAAGGUCACCUUGCUGAAAGCCUGUUAGCAUUGGGUCCUCACCAUGCAGCUUUUGAUCUGCAGAGAGUAUUGUAUAUAUUUGAAAGCAUGCUGAAUAAUGAAGACUUUAAGAGAUUGGACCUUACAGACCUGAGCUUUAAACCUGAGGAGUUACUUCAGGUGAUCAGAGAUGCUAUUCGUAUUAUUGUAUAAGACAUGGUAUUGUGUGUGCCAUCAUAGUGUUAGUUGAGUAAAGGGAAAAUAUGUUAAUAAAUCCUUUAAACAAUGGUUCA